AUGAAGGCUGCUCUCCCCUUGCUGCUUUCUGCUACGCUGGCUUCGGCCCAGGCUGGCUUCAACACCUCUGCUGCUGCUAACAGCAGUGAUGUCUCGAACAUCCAGUUCAAUGGCAAUGGCGAAUUCAAUUUGGCAGACUUUAACCUUGGAGACCUGAACCUGAACGAGCUCGAGGCCGGCGGUCUGAAUCUCGGCAACAUUGAUCUGGGCGACCAGGACGCUAUUGCUGAAGCGAUCCUGGCUAUGCUCAACAACCUCUGCCUGGGUAACGCGUUGGACCUGAACAAAAUCCUAAGCUUUGGGUUCAACAACGAUGUCGACCUCUUCUUCCAGCUCGCCCAGCUGGAACAGUUAGAGCAGCUUGGGUUCUUGAACCUCGGAGGCAUUCAGUCGCUGUUCAGCAAAGGCCUCGCCCUUGGGGGUUUCAAUCUGGGCGUCUUCAAGCGGGAGAUAGCCGAGGCCAGAAAGACCAUGAAGCGGACCAAGCUGCGGCGUGGCCAGAAGAUCAAGCGACAAUGCCCGGAGUCAGGGAUCGCACUGGGCGCGGCCGAGGAGAACACGUUUACCAUUGCCACGUCGACGACAACGGCGGCGGCAGCGGCAGCAACAACAGAGGAAAUAGCCUUCACCAUUGCCACGGCAGAUCCUGACGCCCCGGUAGCCUCGUCUGUUACCGUUGCCGCGGCUGCUACCACAUCUGUGACCUCAGCUGCAAGCGUUGCUUCGGCUAGUUCCACUGCUUCUUCUGCUGCUGUCUCUGUCGCCCCUGCUGCUGGUGCUGCCGGUGCCAGUGCCGCAUCCGCUGCCUCCACGUCUGCUGUUCCCGCCGCCGCCGCUUCUGCCGUGGCUGCUGCUCCUGCUGCUGCGGUUCCCGCGGCUGCUGCAACUUCUGCAGCAGCGGCCGGUGCCGGUGACGUGGAGAACCUCUCUGACCUCACACGCUAG